UUAUUUUUGAGCCAAAAUCCCUUAUUGGAAAUGGGUCUGACCUGUGACGGACACAACAGCUGUUAGUGUUUGUAUGGGCGAAAUCUGUCUGUGGACAAAUGAGCGGCUCCUAGCCGAUUUUCAAGUAUAACGGACAUGAUUUUUGACAUCACGGCUAGGUCCCUGUCAUGCCUAUUAUUAUGGUCAUGAUGGUUGUGUGAACGUGCAUAUUAUCAUUAUAAUUAGAAAAUUAUGGAUUUCUUUUUCGAACGCGUGUUCAAUACCAAUACCAUCCUCUGAAAAUGUUUCCAUUUACCAUUGUUUACAGGCUCAACAAUAUGGCAACCGGCAGUGCCAAUGACAUGGCAACGGACGAUAUCAUCACUGUUAAUGUGACAUGUGGCGGACUAAAGAAAUUGGUUACGGCGAAAAAAGCCAACAUUGAAACUGAAAUUCGUAAGAUCAUGGUAGCUGAUCAUGAUGUCAGGGUCCAAUACUAUGACAAGGGUUGGGGGGAUUGGAUCGAUUACUUUUGAUGACAUUGAAGCUAACAUGAAAUUGCAAAUAGUUCAGAAAAUUGAUUUGGUGAUCCCAGUUCAAGGCGAUUCGGCUGAUCUCUCAGGCGGUUUUGAUAUGCUCAACACAAGUAUCGUGGAUUCGGCUGAUCGGACAACAGGCAGUGCAAGUUUCUUAGCUGACACGAGUGUGGAGGAAGAUAAUCGUAGCAUCUUGUCUACAUCUACAGUGGAUUAUUGUAUCCUUACAAAGAACGACACUUCAGGGAAAAAGCCUUGGUCAUCUGACUACCGCGUUCCCAAAGAGCAGUUUUCCAAGAAACUCAGGAAGCACCUCGAAACUGAACAUGAGGCAAGACUGCUAGGGAAGGGACAGAAGUCAGAACUAUUUGGGGUUUUGUAUAACGACCUCAAUUAUAAUUAUGGAAUUCACUAUCCAGGAUCAUCCCAAAAGAAGGAUAUUGCUAGCGCGUUAUACCCUUGCCUGAGGUCAACCCUUCCAGGUUCUAACCCGACGGACACUUAGGCACAUACUUUCGAAACGCACACUACAGAGGGGCUGAUAGUGAUGUCGAAGAAGUUGCAGCGAGGAAGAAGAAGAAGACGAAGACGACUCAAAAGGCCACCACAUCUGCCACUGGUGCCGAGAGUACCACUACAAGUCCAUGGUCAUUGCCCAAUUUCUUACCGAUAUCACUGCCUGGAGAAAGUGAGGCAACCAUUGCCAAGCAUAAGGAAUGGAUGAAGGUAGAGGCGACUAAAAAGAACAUGGAUCAAACGAAGAUGAAGGUGUUGAUGGACCGUACCUUUGCGGAUCGUCGGAGGCUUGUUGUAACUGAAGGUUACUCUGUACAACAGAUAAAAGAGCAAUACCCGUCGCUCUUCACUGCCAAAGAGUUUGCAGACGAGUACUACAGAAUUAGUGACCGAUAUUUAGACGAGUUUGACCUCGCCCUGGUCAAUAAGGGGGGGGGGAUUUUGCAAAUUCCUGCCAAGGGGAAAACGAAGGAGGACCUCCAGCGUCUGACUGAUGACUCUGAAGUAAUCCAAGCGUCACUAAUUAAAUUGGCAUGCUCGCUAAAAGAGGAUGUUUCUUGGCUAUUUGCCAAGGAAGAAAAGGCACCCAAAACUCCCUUCCCACAUAUCAUUGCUGAUGGGGAUAUCCUUGAUUCAAAGGAAUAUCGGCUCGUUGCUGAUGACACAGAGUUCUUGGUGGUCGGUUCGUUGGCUGAAGCGGUGAAGCUAAUGAUGGCUUCCUAUUAUAUUUUCAAUAUUAACUACCCACCACCAAUCAAGUGUACCUUGAUAUUUCUCCAGGGAGUAUUCCUGGGUGUGCUCGACGACCAGAAGCUGCCAAUGAAGCUUCACACGCUCUCGGACAAGAUGGAACGAGUUGCAUAGAA